AAUAUAAAUGCUUGAGUGUAAGAUCUAAAAAUAGAUAUUACAAAUAAUACUAUCAUACGAUCUUUCAAAAUAUUGAUCAUAAAUCCAUGGAUUUCGUUCUUAGACUCGUCACACUUCUAGUCUCAUUCUCAUUACUUCAAUCCAGAGAAGUUUUGAAAUCUAUCAAGUUAAAUGAGAAAAUGAUAUACCAUUGUGUGGAAAUCUACAAACAGCCUUCGUUAAAUCAUCCACUACUCAAGAAUCACAAAAUUCAGAUGAAACCUUCUUUCGCAAUUUCUGAACCGGAAAACAAAGUUAAAAGCAGAAGGUAUGAUCAAAAUGUCAUUGAUUGUCCAAACGGAACAGUUCCAAUAUUGAAGAAUACAAAAGAGUAUGUUCGAAAUGCUCAAUAUUUCGCAGCAAAGCGUUUAAAUCCGCUCACAGUUGUAAGACCUGGAGAACAUAUUGCAGUUGUUAGAUCACGAGGUCAAGGUCCUUAUCAUGGUGUUGCCGCUCCGAUAAGUAUUCAUGACUUGAACAUCAGUAGUGACCAGUAUUCAUCUGCUAACAUAUUUGUAGGAAGUACAGCCAACAACAACACAUUCAAUUUAAUUGAAACUGGGUGGAUGGUAAAUCCAAGUAUGUUUGGCGAUGGGCGGACAUGGGGUUAUGGGUAUUGGAAGGGUGCCGAAGGAGCAGGUUGUUAUAAUACCAUAUGUCCUGGUUUUAUUCAAGUAUCAGAAACUGUACAUUUAAGUGGACCUUUACGUGAAACUCAUGAUCCCAAUAAUAGAUAUAUCAAUGUCGGUCUUCAACAGGAUAAAAUAUCGGGAAAUUGGUGGGCAUCGGAUAUAAACAAGCACAAACCAGAUACAUAUAUUGGUUACUGGCCAAAAGAGAUGUUUGAUUUAAUAGCAAAUGCUGCAGACAUAGUUGGAGUUGGAGGAGUAGUUCAAGCUUCUCCUACAGGCAAAAGUCCACCAAUGGGUAAUGGUCAUCUACCAGCAUUAUACGCGUUUUACUCGGCACGUAUUCCUGACCUGCACAUCAUGGAUGCUAGUCGUAAAUUCAGGCGACAUAAAAAAUUUAAGCUGGAGAUGCUUGUAGACAGUAAGAAAUGUUAUGGUCUUAGAAAGGAUAAAAUUACUAGUAUGUUCUUAUUUGGUGGACCGGGAGGGGAUGCUUGUGGAAUCUAAUAUUUAUGUGAUAUAUAUGAUGAUGUUCAAUUCGUCUUUCGAAUAAAAUAUGCCAUUUAAAUAAAAAUACCCCUCAAGUCUUAGAGGAAAUGUCAAAAGA